GAAGGGGGGAGGAGCAGGGCGGUCGAAGGAGAAAAAAAAACGUACGUACACCGGAGGCAACAGGUAGCUUGAUAGACCAGUCUGUUGUGCCGCGCCGGGACGGAUUCACGCUACCGACCGGAUAUGUUCCAGUCAUCGUCUUGAGACAGAGCAGCACAGCAGCAAAGUUUGAGACUCUUCCAGGCUCCGACAAAUCAUUUCCAUUUCGUGUCCUCCGAAUUUUUGAUUAUCUCGAAACUUACCGUGUCGUUUUCUGUGAGUUUUGCGUGUGUGUCCGACAUUUGAAUUUUUGUCUUUUUCUCUUAUUUUAUUUUCUGGGAAAAAGAAAUUUGGUUGUCGAAUUUUCAAGUUUCUUUGAUUUUGUUGUUGGGGUUUCUUCUAAUAACCUCCGGCGGAUGUCUACUUGGUAGUUAUACACUAGUAGCAGCUCAAUAGCAGUUUAGUUUAGAAGUUGUUGGAUGUGCAGAUGUGAAACAGCUGCUGGCGUUCCACGUUCAGUUUCCAGUGUCUUGCGGCCUCCUCGCCGCUGCUUUCGUGCUUUUUUGUGUGUGUGUCUGGUUCGGCCGUCUCUGCUGUUGGCCAACGACGACGUUUCGUCAGCCAAGAAGAAGAAGAAGAAGAAGAAAGUGCUUCUGUUUGUUGCAUCGACAAUCGGCCAUUUCUCCAAAGUGGAACAACUUCUCGGUUAAUCGCCGAGCAAUUUCAGUGGAAUUCCAUCGUCUGGUUUUCUCAGUCGAGGCAUCAGGUUGAAGAGGUCGACCUACCACCAAGGAUAUUAUAACAACAUCUGCACGGAGGCAGAAAUUAGGAGCCGAAUCAGGUUUCUUACAUACUGGAGUGCCCGAAAGGAAGGAAGGAAGAGAUAAGGAAAAUUUGUGUUGCCCCUGAGACAGUGGCGCUUAUGUCUCCGGAUUGAACAGUCGCGCCUACGUUGCGCUCCUGAAUCCCAGCCCCGUUUGAUAGUUUUUCGGUGGAUUGUGUGACCCAGCGUUUAGGAAAACGAGAACUCAAAGGACGUCGGGAUCAUGGCCGACUCGAAGGAGUCGCGUUUGUCGUCGUCGGGUUUCAUGGCGCCGCCGCCGCACGGACUGGGCGGCUAUCCGCACGUCAUGCACAUGUCGGCCGCUCACGCUGCCGGACUGAGGGAAGUGUCGGCCUUCCGGCCGGUGGUGCCGUCGCGAUCGGUGGCCAACAUCAUGCCGUCCUUCCUGGACGAGAGCUCCUCGUCGCAGAAGGCCAGCAGCAGCAGCACCGAUGCGGCCAGCGGCAAGAACAAUUUCGACUACUCCAACAGCAGCAGCAGCAACCCGACAGGGUCCAGCCGAGACAAAAACGGUGGCAACGGACCCCCUGCCACUGCGACAAGUUUGCGCCCGGGUGACAAAAGGACGGCCGAGGAAUCCUCGUUGGGUCCGCCGCCAGCCCAUCCGCCACCACCGUCGUCGUCCUCCUCUUCCUCGUCUUCUUCCUCGUCGUCCUCCAACCGCCGACCGGCCGGAGGCAACGGAGGAGGUGGUCGAGUCCUCGAGCCCCUAGCCGCUUCAUCCGCAUUCGCGCUGGGCAAAUCGGGUCCGUUCCCCGUGUUCCCGCCGUCUCAGUCGCAGCACCAGCAGUCGGGACACCAGCAGUUCGCCGGGCACUACGACACUUUUUCGCCUGUUUUCUCGUCGCCUUUCGACCGCCGUUUGAUUUCGCGCGGGAGCGGAGGCGGCGGAGUCUCCUCUUCGUCGUCGUCGGCCGUCUCGUCCGGCAUCGCUCCCGGCCGCGCUUCCCGCCCCAAGAAGCAAUUCAUCUGCAAGUUCUGCAACCGCCAGUUCACCAAGUCCUACAAUUUGCUCAUCCACGAGCGGACCCACACCGACGAGCGGCCCUACUCUUGCGACAUUUGCGGAAAGGCCUUCCGUCGACAGGAUCAUCUCCGUGACCACCGUUACAUCCACUCGAAAGAGAAGCCGUUCAAAUGCGCCGACUGCGGCAAGGGUUUCUGCCAAUCGCGGACGCUGGCCGUCCACCGCAUUCUGCACUUGGAGGAGUCGCCGCACAAGUGCCCCGUCUGCGCCCGCAGCUUCAACCAGCGCUCCAACCUCAAGACCCAUUUGCUGACGCACACGGACCUCAAACCUUACGAGUGCUCCUCGUGCGGCAAAGUCUUCCGGCGCAAUUGCGACUUGCGUCGCCACGCCCUGACGCACGCCGUCGGCGACGUCGGCACCGAGAGCGAGAGCAACGACACUUCGCUCCACUCGCCCGGAUUGCAGCCGUCGAUCGUCGUCAAAUCGUCCGGCGGGAUGUCGCUGGUCCACUCCAACCGCCCGUCCGACCUGGAAGCCGGUCCCAGCGGCUCCAAAUCGGCCAUGGAUUACGUGGACACGUCGGAGGAUUCGUCCGACUCUUGCGAUUCCUUCAUCUCAGUCACCUCGUCUCCCGUGCCGACCUCCUCGGCGGCCGCCCUACUCCGCCAGACGGAAGCGGCAGCAGCCGCUGCGGCCGCCGCCGCCAGCGCCACCAAGGAUGUCGACGUCAACCCGGAAAUUGUCCGCUUACCUCCUCAACCACCUCCACCUUUAGUCCAGUUGUUACCGCCUCCUGCCCCUCCAGCAGCCCGUCCGAUGAAUCCGUCACGGCCGUCCGGCUUCAGCAUAGAGGACAUUAUGCGUCGCUAAAAAACAAAAUGACCCGAUUGACACACGAAGAAGAGAAGAAGAUUGACGUUCCCUUUUUGUUUCGUUUGAGUGUGUCCGAGUCGACGUCCGAUACGUAUAAAAUGUACAGCACCUUCGACGAGCGUGAAACAAACAAUUUGCCCGAUGUGAGUGUUGAACCCGAGACGAGUUUUGUGACGAGCGCCAAACGGUUUGAACGUUUUGAAACUUUUUUCCCACAAAAUACGGCGCUGAUGACCGAUCUCAGCAGCAGCCGACAAACAACAUUCGCGAUGUGUGGUGUGCGCUUCUGUGAUAUACUCAAUCGUUUUUUAUUUUUAUUUUUCUAAAUUUUUUAAAAUUCGAGAAUUUUAUUUCCUUAUAUUUUCUUAUUCUUCUUUUUCGACCCAUAUCCCAACGCCCGACGUUCACGGAGGAAAUUUAAACAAAAAAAAAACAAUUUUUUUUUUAAAUGCAGGAGAUAUCAACGCUAUGACUAUUCUACUAUCGUGCAAAGUAGUUUGGAUCGUGCCAAAUCAUUCCCAAAAUUUUCUUCUUUAUCCAAAUUUUGUUUUCCCAGUUCUUUUUAUCUUCUUCAUAUUCCCGCCUUUGAUGAUUUUCUGUUUUCUGCCCCGGUCUCUCUCUCUCUGUGCUCGUGUCUUGCUCUUAUCGAGAAGAGAUUUGUACACACACGCACUUGAUCAUCUUCUUCUCUAUUCCCGUUUUUAGCUCUCUCUCUCUCUCUGCGUGCAGUAUCUCAUGUGAUGAAGGAUAUGCUCGGCUGUGGAAGUUUUUUUCUCGUGACAGCAGCUGCUGGUAAAUGAACAUAAUCCCAAUGGCUGUCGAUUUCUCCUUGUAAAAAAAGAAAAAAAUUGCCUCUCUCUCUCUACUCUUUUUUUGAAUAGAUAAUACAAGUACAGAGGGAAGUGUAUAGUUGCAUAAUAAAAAGGCAGAAGAAACGAGGAAUGGAAUGAAUGUGUGGGGGAUAAAGAGUUUAGAAGAAAGAAAGAAAGGAAAAAAUAACUACACAGGCAGCAGCAGCAGCAGCCUCACCAACUGACUGGAAUGAUGCUACUCAUUCCGCUGCUGUUGCUGCUUCCACUUCUUCUUUUUAUUUUUUUUUAUUUUUAAAGCUCUGACGCUCUCAGGUGCGCGCGCUGACGACCAUCUGUGGCCUUCCUGCUGGGAUUGUAUAGGUUUUCUCCGAGGCACACAACAAUUUUUUUUUUCUUCUUUCUCAUUUUUGGGGUUGUUUUUUUUUUUUUUUUGUCUUCUUCAGUUUCUUUUCAGUUUUCACUCAAGACUCUAACGCUACUCUCCCCCUGAAAAAAAAAAGAAAUCCCGAGACCCCACCUUUAACCAUCUCUAAAAAUACAAACAGGUUGAAUGGAUAAGAAUAGACGAAAUUCCAAUCUCUUCUUGUCUAUAACAAAGAAUAUGAAGAACCCCCCACGAUAAAAUAAUAGUUAUGUAAGUUUCACAGACAGGGAUAGAGAGAGAGAGAGAGAAUGCCAACGCAGAAAGGAGAAUAAGAAAUGUCUUGUGUGUUUUGCUGUUAUCGAAAACCUCAAUUGUAAAGAAGAAGAAGAAGAAAAAAAAAUAACAAUUUGCGAUCAAUCAACCAGUGCGGGAUCAUAUCGUGCAUGUGUGUGUGUGUCUGUGUUCUGUUCAAAUUUCUUUUUGUCCGUCUCUAUAUUUUUUUUGUCUGUGUCGUGUACUGUGUCUGUUAUAUAUCUAUAAUAUGCUGGUGAAUACAAAAAUCAGGUAUUCAUGUU